AUGUCUCACGAACAUAUUAAACAUCUCCAAUCCCACGGCCGUACGACCGUGAGUCAAAUGGCCCUCGAGACCCCGACACGAGACGCACAAUGUGUAGUGGAACUGGGCACCACCUGGGCAACGAGGCAGUCCAACGAUACGUCCCCGGCACGUGAUAGCCGGCAAGCCCGCCUCGCAGCGCAAGCUCGACUUCGAGCACCGGGCUCCGCUGGUUACGGGAGGUCAUGGCCGAAGCCACCGACGUCUUCUUCUACAGGUUCCCCGGCAUCGGAACAACGGCCAUCUUCACGACCCAGGCCGACGGCCCCUUCUUCGGCAGCCUAUUCCAGAUCGGCUGAGCCUACGCCAUGGGAAUCGCCUUCGCCACCCUGCGCGCCGGACUCUGGCGGGCACUCCAACCCGACCAUCACCCUCGACUUCGCCUUCGCGCAGGGCUUCCCUGGUGCAAGGUGCCUCUGUACAUCCUCAGCCAGAUCUGCGGCGCCUUAG